AUGGAGGCAGAAACAGAAAAAAAAGUAAGCCGCGACGCCCACGACGCCCAAACCGUGGAACACGCCCGCCGAAAAAGCUCCUUCGCCGGCAUCGAAAACCUCUCAACCGCCUUCGAAAACCCCCUCGCACGAUUCACCAAAGAAGAACUCAUGAGCAACGUCGACGACUUUUGCAAGACCCACAACCUCACAGACUUCACAGACGACUUCCGCCACGGCGCCCUCAUCGCCCAGAACCCAAACAGCGUACACGACCUCCCCAACCUCAGUCCCGACGACAGAAGCACCCUGGACAGAGAGCACACUCACCGCUGGAGUCAGCCCUUCACUCUGUACUGGCUCUGCGUGAUGUGCUCUCUCGCCGCUGCCGUGCAGGGCAUGGACGAGACAGUCAACAAUGGCGCCCAGGAACUAUACCUCCGCCACUUUAGAAUCAAGACGGAGAACGGGGAGCCCGCCAUCUUCGACGAGCAGCAGGCGCCGCUGAUUACUGGCCUCAUCGUGGGAGCGCCGUAUCUUUGCUGUGCCGUAAUUGGGUGCUGGGUCACGGAGCCGGUGAACCGUCUCAUCGGGCGGAGGGGCACUAUUUUUGUUUCCUGCUUGAUUGCGGCUGUUGCGUCUAUAUGGGAGGGCGUGGCGAAUACGUGGGUGAAUUUGUUUAUUGCGCGGUUUGUUCUUGGUUUUGGAAUCGGGCCCAAGUCGUCAACUGUUCCUGUUUAUGCGGCCGAGUGUGCGCCCGCGCCUAUUCGGGGUGCUUUGGUUAUGCAAUGGCAAAUGUGGACUGCUUUCGGCAUCAUGUUAGGUAACAUUAUGGGUGUUGCGUUCGGUCCAUCAACCGGUAUCAGUGAAGAUCUGGGCUGGCGACUCAUGCUUGGAAGCACAGUUGUUCUUCCUCUCAUUGUUUGCGCUCAGGUUUACUUUUGUCCCGAAUCUCCAAGAUGGUACAUCAAACACGGCAAAGUCGAAAAAGCCUUCCGAUCCUUCCAAAGACUUCGCUUCUCCAACGUCCAAGCCGCAAGAGACACCUACUACACCUACGUAGGCGUCGAGCUGGAACGUGAAGCAAACAAGGGCAAAAACCUCUUCACCCAAUUCGUCGAACUCUUCACCGUGCCACGAAACCGACGGGCUACUCUCGCCAGCUGGAUCGUCAUGUUUGGACAACAAUUCUGCGGAGUUAACAUUAUCGCCUACUACAGCACAAACAUCUUCCUCGACAGCGGGUUCGACAUCAACGCCGCGCUCCUCGUGUCCAUGGGCACCGGCAUCCUCAACUUCUUCUUCGCCAUCCCCGCGCUCUUCACCAUCGACAGAUGGGGCCGCCGCAACCUCCUCCUCUUCACGUUCCCCUUCUUGUCGCUCACGCUGCUCUGGACAGGAAUGUCCUUCUUCAUCACAUCCAAGAUUCCGCGUGUCGCUAUGGUCACCACGGGGAUGUACCUCUUUGAAAUCUUCUACUCGCCGGGUGAGGGUCCUGUGCCGUUUACAUAUUCGGCGGAGGCGUUCCCCGUGCAUGUCCGAGAUGUGGGUAUGUCGUGGGCGACGGCGACGACGUGGUGCUUCAACUUCCUCAUUUCUUUUACGUGGGAUAAGCUUAAAGCUGCGUUUACGCCGCAGGGCGCGUUUGGGUGGUACGCGGCUUGGUGUGCGAUUCUGUGGUUCUUGAUCUUGUUCUUUGUGCCGGAGACAAAGGCGCUUACACUCGAAGAAUUGGACCAGGUGUUUAGUGUGUCGACGAGGAAGCAUAUGAGCUAUCAGAUUAAAAAUGCUAUUUGGCAUUUCCGGGUUUGGGUGUUGCGGCAGAAGUUGGAGCCUUUGCCUCCGUUGUAUAAGCAUGCGGAGAAACUUAAUGAGUCGUAG